AUGGCAUCGGCGUGGGGUGCUACACCACCGAACUGGGAAAUUGGCGGUUGCCGCGGGAAUGCGACGCAUCCAAAGCCAGGCUCGUGGGAGCACAAGGUGACCAACAACAUUUGCGACUCGUUCCCGAUGUUCCUCUCGGUCGACUACAUCCGCGUCUGGCAAGACACCAAGACGAUGAGCGUCGGCUGCGACCCGGCCUCGCAUCCGACCAAGGAGUUUAUCAAGGCACAUAUCACCAACUACACCGACCCGAAGAACCCGUAUAUCAUUGUGGCGGGAGGCGCGACCUGCAAUAGCAACGACGACUGUACGACGGCGGCUCGCGUCACGGGCUCGUGUGUGAACCGCCGCUGCAAAUGUAUGGACGUCUGGACGGGCCCCCGCUGCACCAAGUACGACCUCGAGACCGUCACGUACGGCCCGCCGUUGUAUGCGAUGGCUGGUGUCUGCAGUUUUGCUGUCGUCGGGUCUGUGUUUGGCCUUGUGCUCCGCCUGCGCCGCCACAAGGGCGUCUUGGUGCGCCAGCACGAAGAGAUGCGGCGUGAGAAGCACAGCGAGAGCAGCGCCCACCUCUUUCUCCGGGAGCCUUCCCACAGUGAUGUCCAGAUCACGCGGUAA